AUGAUCACCGCGGCUCUGGUCGGAGUCGUUCUGUACUCAUGUCUUCUGAUCUCCACACACUCGGAGAUUCAAAUACUCCCCACAACGUCAGGAUGGCAACCAGGAGACCAACAUGCCAACUACUACAAAAAGUCGCGACAAGAUGGACUGCUGCACACAACCGACAAGAAGAUCAACAUUCCGCUGAGAAAAGGCACCUAUACGCCCUCUAGAAAACGCCUGGAGGUCCGAUCCAAGGCCGCCGUGUCUUGUGAUGUCCCCCAAUGCUCCACCAUGGGCACCGACAUUCUGAGACGAGGAGGAUCAGCUGUAGACGCCUCCAUCACAGUCGCUCUGUGCAUCGGAAGUGUCAACGGCUUCAGCAGUGGCAUUGGAGGAGGAGGCUUCAUGGUUGUCAAAGACGCCAAGACACGUGAUCUGUCGUUUGAUUUCCGCGAGACGGCUCCUCUGGCUGCUUCCAAGGACAUGUUCAAGGAUGAUCCCAAGAAGGCCCAAUUCGGAGGAUUGGCCGUGGCCAUUCCCGGAGAAGUUCACGGUCUUUAUGAGGCUUACAAGCGAUACACUUCUGGCGUUCUGAGCUGGAAGGAGCUAUUUGAGCCUGUCAUUGAACUGAACGAGCGAGGUUGGACCGUUGACAAGGCGUUUGAGCUGGCUCUUGAAGUCACGGAGGAUGAUCUGUCCGCAUACGGAAACGGAGACUGGAGCUGGCUGUAUGUUGAUACCCCUUCUACCAACGCCAGCCCCUUCAAGGCUCGUCCUCUUAAGUCUGGCGACGUUCUUGCACGAAAGGCUCUCGCUGAAACACUCACUCUGAUCGCCAACAACGGCUCUUCUGCCAUUUUCUACGACCCCAAGGGCCCCAUCGCACCCAAGCUGGUAGAUGCCAUCAACCGGGCUGGAGGAGUGGCUUCUCUAGAGGACUUUGAGCAGUACCAGACAAUUGUGGAGGAGCCCGUUCGAGGCGAAUUCUACGGUCGAGAGGUUCUGGUGGCCAACAAUCCCAGCAGUGGCCCUGCUCUGGUGGUUGGUCUCAAUAUUAUCGAUGAACUCGAUAAGAAGGAACGAGAGAAGGACACGAACGCACCCGGCAGAUGUGUUGGAAUUCUCAAGAAGACUGCCAACUGGUUCAGACAGGGAUUCUCUCUGUUGGGACUUGCCACCAAUGGCCUCAUUCCCCGAGAUUCAAACCCCAUUUCCAUCCAGCGACUCACCGAGGCCAUGAAGUACACCUCUUCUGCUCGAACGGAGCUUGGAGAUCCCGCAGACGUGUCCAACAAGAAGCGGGUCGAGUACCUCCUUACUCAAGACUGGACCGACAAGGCCGUCAACAAUAUCUCCGACUACCAUACUCGGCCGUGGGAAGACUACCAGCCCGCCUACGAGGUGUCUGAUUCCGCCGGAACUGCCCACUUUUCUGUUCUGGACGAGAAUGGAAUGGCUGUUUCCAUGACCACCACCGUCAACCUGCUGUUUGGUUCUCUCGUCUACGAUCACGUCACGGGAGUUAUUCUCAACUCCGAGAUGGACGACUUUUCCAUUCCCUCACGUGACAAUGCUUACGAACUCCGGCCUUCUAUUUACAACUACAUUGCUCCUGGCAAGAGGCCUCUCAGUAGCACUACUCCAACGAUUGUUUACAACAAGAAGACGGACCACGUGGAGCUGGUGCUUGGAGCUGCGGGAGGCUCGCGAAUCGUUACCUGUGUUCUUCAGGCCAUUGUUCGAAAGUACUCCUACGGUCUUUCGUUGCUCCAGACCGUGGCUUUCCCUCGUCUGCAUCAUCAGCUGAUUCCCGAGAUUGCCUAUGUUGAGAUUGGAGGCAGAAAGAGCAUUGGACAGGCGCUGAAGGCCCGUGGCCAUGGCGUUGAGUACUGGAUUCCCCGGUCGGUCAUGAAUGCUGUUUCGAGAGAAGACAACGGCGAGAUCCACGCCGUUGCUGACUACUGGCGAAAGGGAGGCGGAAGUGAUGGCUAUUAG